AGUCAUGAAAUAUAUUGUUUUUAUUUUGCGUGAAAAAAACAGCUGCUAACCUGCUAAAGAAUACACCAAAGGCAAACUGUGGAUUACACAACCAAAUCGAGAAGCACCACAGAGAACAAAUAAGACGAUAUACUUUUUAUUCUAGUAACCAACAAAAAUGCUGCCCGCACGAUAUAUAACUCUGAACUACCGUCAUCAACUGUUUCUCCCGGUGAACAACACAAAGAAGCUAUCUAGCUGUUUAUUCAACAGGACCGGCAGUCUACAGCAAGUGCAUGCAAAUCGAUGGCUCUGUACAGAUACUAACUCCGAUACCCAAGUAUAUCAUGGUAUCUUAUCGCCUCAGAUCCGAGCGGUCAAAGUAUUUUCCCUUGCCACCAGUAUAGGCGGCAUCGUGGCCCAACCGAUUCUUCUUGAGCAGGCAAAUAAGAUCGGCGGCACUCCGAUGAUAGUUGCCGUUUGUGGGAUUGCUGGAUUUUUUACCUUUGUCACACCCUUCCUUCUUCAUUUAAUUACUAAACGAUAUGUGAUUGAUCUGUGUUAUGAUGUCGCCAGCAAGGAAUACACGGCCACUACCAUCAGUUUUCUACUGCAGCGACAAAUGACCAAGUUCAAACUGGAAGAUGUCGUCGUACCAGAGAUACCUGGAAUGUUUACCACAUUCAUGGUAGGCAAAAAGUCACUGUUCGUGGAUCCGACGCUCUUUCCAGAUCCAACGCACUAUAUAAAAAUCAUGGGAUAUGACAAACCAAUCGAUUUCAAGUUUGAGGAAGCACGACAAAGCUCGGAACAAGAUAGCAAACAAUGACGCUUGCGAUCUGGGUGAAUAAAAAUCGUGAAAAUCUA